CUCGUGGGGGGCGGCAGUGCGCGCGAAGCACGCAUCAACAGAGCUACGCUUGUCGACGCGACAGUUGGUGUUGUUUCAGCCAAACCCUUUCCCAUCUCACCCCAGGACGCCCUCAACUUCGCAUCCUCGUCAUCGAUCGGCUCCCGUCGUAUACGCCGCGUUUUCCCCCGUCUUCCUCCCCGAGUCCACGGUCGGCCGAGGCCGCAGCAUCAAUGGCCGACAACGGCGCGUCUGGCAAUGCCGGCGGCGCGUUGCCCCCUCCCUCCAUGCCAUACUACGAGAAGAGUCGACAGCAUCUUAAGGAGCUCUUGGCAAAAAAACGACAGCUAGAAAAGCAGCUUGCUUUGCGCGAGGACAUGAUUUACCAAAAGGAGACAGAGUAUCUGGAAAACACGCCGAGCGGUAACAUCAUUACGGGUUUCGACAACUACACCAAGGCCACAACGGGCGCGGCCGCGCAGAGACGAAAGACGGGGUUGACCGAGUCCAGCCGUGUGUUUUCGCGGAGCUCCAUCAGCUACAACGCCAACAAUGCGCCCGAGGCGCAAACGCCAGGAUCGGUGACGUCUGGCGCGGCCUCGGCUGCGCCGACCCCGGUAUCGUCCUCCUUUAAGGACAGCGGAUCGAACCAGGCGACACCGACGUCUGCGACAGCAGCCAAGGCGGCGGGCGCCACCAAGACCAAGAAGAAGGCCGCAGCCGCCAACGGCGUCGAGGACAGCGAGACAGACGGGAAAGAGGCCAAAAAGGUUAGGACCAGCUUUAGCGCCAUCAAGAAGUCAUGAGCUGCCGUGCGUCCUAUCCGAAGCUCCUCGGCCCGGGGUCCCAACUUUAUCGGGUACUGGCAAUAGUGCAUGCCGGUCCCGGCCGGGAGCAAGAGGAAAUGGGACGACGGUUGGCAAGUCCCUUGAAGGUAGGUGUUGUUUACGUGUAUCAUUAUUCUUUGUAUUAUUGGCGGUUAAGGAACAGCGCGGCGUUUGGGAUACCCGUCAUGUCUUGGGAGUCGAGGGACAAGGAUUCUUUUGAUCAACCUUGAUUCUAGUGUGGCUGAAAGAUGCAAGCCAAGGAAUGAAAUCAUAUAAUUGCAGACAUCACCACUUGGCUACCUAGUGUUUCGCGCAUCCGAACCAGCAGUGAAC